UUUCAUGCAGGAGAAGCACUCUUCUGAGGGAAGUUGAAGCUGGUGCAGUUUUUCAUUUUUUAUAAGCAGAACUUAUUUUUGGAUUUUCAGCUGGAGGAUAGCUACAUGAGCUGCACAAUUGGUUCCCUUGGGUCUCAGAGAUGCUGUGCAUAACACAACAGACUGUGCAUGUCUAUUAAAGCGCGUGCAGGUUAUGUUCCUCUUGACUUUUUGCUCACUAAAAACAAAUCAAAAACUUUUGCGUCUCCGCUUUUUCGUGUUUUGAAGCGUGCAACGCACCAAAAUGGCCCUGACUGAAAAUUGCAGGACUUAUCAAACGCCCAAGGACAGUGGAUGUGCUCAGAGUUGCUCUUCUGAUGUGGUUGAGCUCAAUGUAGGUGGACAGGUGUACUACACUCGCCAUGCCACCCUCACCAGCGUGCCAAACUCUCUGCUGGGGAAAUUAUUCUCAACUAAAAAGGACAUUUCCAACGACCUCGCGCAGGACAUCAAGGGGCGCUACUUCAUCGACAGGGACGGAUUUCUCUUUCGAUAUGUGUUGGACUAUCUCCGCGAUAAGAGCGUCGUACUGCCGGAUUAUUUUCCCGAGAAAGGGAGGCUCAAACGCGAGGCUGAGUUCUUCCAGCUGCCUGAGCUCGUCAAAAUCCUCACACCAGAUGAAAACAUCCACGGUGAUUUUGACGAAGCAUCCCAGGGAAGCGAUCAGAGGUUGUUCCCCUCGUCUUACCUGGACGCGCGCGAUAGGCGUUACGGCUUCAUCACGGUGGGAUACAGGAGCCCAUGCGCCUUUGGGAAGGACACGGAUGCCAAAACUCGCGGACUAUCCAAAAUCUUCAUCUGCGGAAGGGUCGGUCUGGCCGAAGAAGUUUUUGGGGACACUCUAAACGAGAGCCGGGAUCCCGACAGGCCAGCCGAGCGCUACACCUCUCAGUUUUACCUGAAGUUUCGCCACCUGGAGCGAGCGUUUGACAUGCUCGCGGAGAGCGGCUUCCACAUCGUGGCGUGCAAUUCAUCGCUCACCGCUUCUCCGCACAACAGACGCACCGAUGAC